AGUACUUCAAAGAGUAAGUCCCGGACGUGGAAGCUCGGUAUUUUUCGACGUGCACAGCAAUUUGUAUUAACAUGCUAGACACUAGGACCUCGCAUGCCUGAACAUUGCUUCCAUUUUUCAGACUCCCGUUUCUUCUUCUUUGGUGAGGUAUCCUGCGCCACACCAGUAAUGGCUCUCAUUCAUUUCAAAAGGUAGGAUAAAAACUGCUUCCUCUUUUCUGCGAGUUGAGAGGCCACUGGGUUCCUGUUCGUACCUGCGCGGUGACUCCGACGCGCAAGGCCGGGUGUAACUGCGAAGGUGCCACUCGAAUUCAUAAUGACCGGAAGCUUGCGUAGAUUCUUUUCUUUGUGCAUUUUAGAAUCAAACGUGAGAUGGGCGGAACUGCGUGGAGGUUUGCCCGGGAUACGUUGGAGCUGCUAGGCUUUACACCUUUUUUGGUUGCUCAUUUCCUCACUAGUGGCGUUAUCUCCCGCGGCGUUAUCGCAACACGUUAUCCUGACUGUUUAACGCUACACUGGCUCGCACCGCAUCGAGACAUCGCCUCUGCUAGGUUUCAUUAGUUAUUUUCCUCCGGGCGUACCCGACACCUUUCAUCCUUCGGUGAGUCUUACACACUGUCUAAUGAUGGUGGAUGCCUCUGUUGGGAGGUUAGCAUUGAUUAGAAGUGUGUUGUAGACACAAAACGCCCACAGCCUCCGUACUUGUUUUGGUAGGCGUUUGAAAAGCACCCUUCCCCUCUUCUUCGUCACCUCAGUAGCUGCUAACCACAAUGAGUUAGGAGCCGUUUUCUGAACUCGGUCUGCUCCUGGUCUUCAUGAUACGGACCUGAAAGACCUUCGUGAAACAAGCACGUUGUGGAGGCAACCUUAUAUGUUUCUUGCUUCUGUCUCUUCCGUUGGCAACGAUCAAAUCGGGACAAGAGACGCUGGUGUCUGCUUUCACCGAGUUCCAUCUCCCCUCAAGGAAAUGCGAGGAGCCUCUCACCUUGCCUCCGCCUGCGGAACGUACCGACAGCCACCACCCCAGCAAGGAAACGAGAAUGCAGCGGCUGGACCAGCGAGCUACUGCCGCGGCCCGUGCAAUUCUUCUCAACAGAAACAACAAGCUCCCUGCACACAUGGGGACUAUGGGGCCUGUGGGUCGCGAGGAAGAUGCUGCGGUCCCAGCGCCGCGGACGGCAGCUGCGGCGCCGGGGCUGUGCGACGAUGGCGGCCUGUCCAGUGCGUGGGAGACGAGAGACCUGAGAGACGAAGCGGAGCGGCCAGUGUGGUGUACGGCGACUGUCUGUAUUUGUUUGGGGGAUACGGGGGCCAUGCGCGCCUCGACGACUUGUGCAAGUUCGAUUUCGUUCAGCGGCGGUGGACGAAAGUGAAGGCAGCAAACAGUCCGAGUGCGCGAGAGAACAACGGGGCGGUCGUGUAUCGCGGUUGCAUGUACAUUUUUGGAGGGUAUUCGGGCAUCCACUGGCUGCAAGAUUUGCACGCGUUCGACUUCGAGAAGGAGGAGUGGCACGAGGUCGAAACUGGAGGCCAGAAGCCGUCUGCCCGCUUUGGCUUCGUUUCUGCUUUGUGCGGGACUGACGGACUGUUGUAUCUGUACGGCGGAUACGACGGCACAAGCUGGCUCAGAGACAUGCACGAAUUGAAUCUGCACUCGUCCCAGUGGACGGAGACGAAGCAGCACGGGCAUCUUCCUUCGGGCCGCUCCUGUCCGUCUUGGGCGCACCACCAGAACUGCAUCUACAUGUUUGGCGGCUACGACGGCAUCAAUCGCCUGAGUGACUUCUUCUGUUUCCACAUCCCCACGCGGUGUUGGACCCUGAUCGCGACGCAUCCACCGCCGGCUGCCCCUUUCUCUUCCCCGUCGUCUUCGCCGCCGCUCUACACACUCUCUCUCCGACAAGGCGGGGCCACGACCGGAGGCGGGGACGCCGCGAGGAGCAGCGACAGCGCCUCAGCAACGCCGUCUUCACCUGCAGGCGAGCUCGCGUCUGCCCGAGGAAGCUGGGACUCCAGUGCCUCCAGGGUGCCUCUCGCACGAGCUGGGCGAAUGGGCUACUCGAAUGCAGGUGCAGGCGAUGCGCCACCUGGCAUCACGGACUCCAUGGUGUGCGGAAAUGGGGGCGCCUCUGGUGGUGGAGCCUACGUGUGGUACCCCAUCGACUCUACCGCGUCUUCCACCUCGUCUUCCAGCACAACCCCUAGACGAGGAAGCAAUGGCGGAGCAGGUUGCUGUCGCGUGGCGACACUCGGAUCCGGCAGAGGGGGCCGCCUGGAUUCAAACGAUGACGGCGGGUGCAACUAUUGCCGCGGUACCCACGGGGCUGGCGGCGGAGCGCUGGCGACCGGCUAUGGAGGCAGCUGCUGUUCCUGUGCCCUGAGCGGCAGCUCAACAGGAGCUCCGUCUGCCAGAUACUUCCACGCCGCUGCAGCCCACGGAAAUUGCCUGUAUAUCUUCGGGGGCUACAAUGGGCAGGAGAGACUCAACGACCUCUACGUCUUCAACUUGGACACGCAUGAGUGGCAGGUCGUCGAGGGCCUUGACACCCCUACUGGAAGGAGCUCGAUGGUUGCCCAAGUUUACAAGAAUGCACUAUAUAUUUUUGGCGGCUACAACGGGCACAACGUUCUGAACGACUUUUACGAAUUCAAAUUCCCGACAGUGGCUGUUCCUCCGUCAACCUUUCUGGCAGAUCUUCGUCGCCUGUUGUCCCCGCCCAACAGCGACGUCACUUUUACUGUAGAAGGAGGCAAGCGGUUGUACGCUUGCAAGGCAAUUCUUAUGACCCGUAGUGAACACUUUCGAGCUCUUUUCAACUCGGGUCUCAAAGAGACAGAAAUGGCGGAGAACGGGAUUCCGAUAAGAAUUGAGGGUGUUCAAUAUGAGGUCAUGGCUGCCCUCCUUGAGUAUCUCCACGCGGACAUGGUGUCAGAGCAGCUGUCUUGUCAGCAGACAGUGCAGCUAAUGAUAACUGCUGAAAGAUUCUGCGUAGACCGCCUCAAAUGUCUCUGCGUCGAGUCUCUUCGCCGCAUGCUGAGCGUGGACACAGUCGUCGAAGUGUUGAUCGCGGCGAACGCACACAACAUUCUCGACUUGAAGGAAAUAUGCCUAGACUACCUCCUCGACCACGAGGAAGAAGUGAAGGAGCGCGAUGCAAUGCGUCCCCUCAUCAGUCACUCCACCCUACUGUAUGAGGUGUACAUGCGGAGCAGUGGAAACUCGUCUAGGCGCAGUUCAGACUCCGGCAGCGGCGUCCGUAGAGGCGGAAGACGGAGCCGACCUGACUCUGGAGUGGGAGGAGUCGAUGAACCGCGGGGUGGGGGCUCGACCUUCCUGCCCACGUGCCAUGGAGCCCAACAGGGGCGCGGCUGCAGCUCUUGUGGGGGUGGCGGCACCUGCGGUGGAGCUUGCGAGGACAGCAGGGGCCACGAUAUCUGAGAACGCGAACGAGGAGCCACGCCUCUCGGACGCAGUCAACUUGUGCGAGUUGUUAGGUCGACGAUUGUGCGCUCUGCAGUGUGACUAUUCACAAGUUUUCGUAUCAAAUUUCUUCGCGAUGUGUUUCGUUGUGGAUGUGUGGGAGUCUCCAUAUCGCAGUAGUGCAUGCGUGGAUGCUUUUGUAUGGGGUCGAUGUAGCGAAUUAACUGCCAUUCGGGCAAAGUCCUGCUCGUAGCAGAUGUGAAAAGAAUCGCAUGCCGGGGCCUUACAACAGAGCGCGAGGAAGCGAAGAAGAAAGGUAGGCAGACGGGGGGAAAGAAUGGUGCGCGCAAGUGGGGUGUUCCGGCGUUGUGGAAAUACAAGACGCAAAGGGCGCAUCCAAAAUCCCAUCAUCGGUUUCUGAUGUUGACAGACUAUGAGUAUACAAAGGCAUGAGUGGGCAUCCGUGCGUCCUUAAGGCGCAUCUGAAUUACCGCGCUCGGCAAGCUUACUCUUGUUCGGCCGCGAGCGGGUCCGUUCAACCCGUGGCCGGCUUGUCGUGGCACCCGUGAUUUUCUUCCUGCCGGACGCAUUUUGCGUCGUUUCAAUCUCACACGGGUCGAGCUUCCGCGUUUUUGCGGGCAGCGUAGUCGCAAUUUCGGGCGGUAUGGAGGAGGGAAUGGCUGGGAUGCAUCGAAAGUGGUCCUCUCUAGUUGGCAUUAUUCGAUCUAUUUUGCACUUUUCUGUGAGAAAGCGUUCGUGCCCAGUCUGGCUGCCACCAGCAGCCAGCGAAAUCUCCUGGAGCCCCUUAAAGGGUUGAGGGAGCACCCGGACAGCGGAGCCAAGCUACGGAACAGAGAAGGCAGCUCAGGGAUGCUUUUCUUUAACGCAGGAGUUGUACAAGUAGAAUUCUUCCAGGCGGCAGAGUGCCUCAUGAUUCAAUCACAGAUGCAUGAUAAUGCACGCACAGAUAUGAACAGCUCCGAAUUUACAAGCUGCAGUUUCGUCCUCGUGUUACUGGUUCCUCUGUAUGAGGAAGGCGAUCUGCCGUAGUCGGCGAAGCGGCUCCACCGGAGAGUGCGCAUUUUCGUGCGAGUGUACCGCAUUUGAAUUUCCUGUAUUCUUAAACUCUUUCCCCGAGUUUUCUCUCUUGUUGAGCGACUCUGUCUCUGGAGAGCCGUUGCUUACAGCAUUUCGUACUUCAGCUUUUGAUUUUUUUUCGGACUUCCACUUCUACGGCUCGACCCUGUGAGAUUUGCCGCACUGUAAUUUAAGAGUAUGCGAAGAUGUAACUGAAGCAUCCAGCGGCUAGCCUCUCCCCUUUUGGAGAAACAACUGCCUCCUAGGCUGAGGAACAUGUCUUCUAGCGACCUCGCACCACAAUGUAAGUGCAUAUUUAGCCAUGUCGGCAAUUGUUGGCGGCGGCAGCUAGGAACGCCGAGACAUAACGUUUCUCG